GUGUCGAUGAAUUUGUAUUGCGCUGUGUCAUUUUGGCGUAAAGUUUUGUUGAAUAUUGCUUGAGGAAUACCGCCAUGGCCGUGGAAAUGGAACGCGAAAAGGCGCUCGGCGAUUACCGCAAGAAGCUGCUUGAACACAAGGAGGUCGAAUCUCGCCUCAAAGAAAUGCGAGAGCAGCUGAAGGAUCUAACAAAGCAGUAUGAUAAGUCUGAGAAUGAUCUGAAGGCUCUGCAGAGUGUCGGCCAAAUUGUUGGAGAAGUUUUGAAACAGUUGACUGAAGAAAAAUUUAUUGUAAAGGCAACAAAUGGGCCCAGAUAUGUAGUUGGAUGUCGCAGGCAAUUGGAUAAACAGAAGUUGAAGGCUGGAACAAGGGUGGCUUUGGAUAUGACCACGCUCACAAUCAUGCGCUAUUUACCGCGCGAAGUCGAUCCUUUAGUAUACAACAUGAGUCACGAGGAUCCAGGAGAUGUGACGUACUCGGCAAUCGGAGGUCUUUCAGAACAAAUCCGUGAACUGAGAGAAGUCAUAGAAUUGCCGCUGCUGAAUCCAGAGCUUUUCAUGAGAGUCGGAAUCACUCCGCCUAAAGGUUGCCUAUUGUAUGGACCACCCGGAACCGGUAAAACUCUCUUGGCGAGAGCAGUCGCAUCUCAAUUGGACGCCAACUUCCUGAAGGUCGUCUCCAGUGCGAUCGUCGACAAAUACAUCGGCGAAUCGGCGCGUUUGAUUCGUGAGAUGUUCAAUUAUGCUAAAGACCAUCAGCCUUGCAUAAUAUUCAUGGACGAAAUCGAUGCUAUCGGUGGCAGAAGAUUCUCCGAAGGUACUUCCGCCGAUCGUGAGAUCCAACGUACGCUGAUGGAGUUGCUCAAUCAGAUGGACGGGUUCGAUUCGCUGGGACAAGUCAAGAUGAUCAUGGCGACGAACAGGCCCGACACCCUAGACCCCGCCCUCUUGCGUCCCGGUAGACUCGAUCGUAAGAUCGAAAUCCCUUUGCCCAAUGAACAGGCUCGUUUGGAGAUCCUCAAGAUCCACGCCGGACCAAUCGCUAAGCACGGCGAAAUCGAUUACGAGGCUAUCGUUAAAUUGUCGGACAGUUUCAACGGCGCCGAUUUGAGGAAUGUUUGCACGGAAGCUGGUCUCUUCGCAAUCCGUUCAGAUAGAGAGUACGUGAUCCAGGAGGACUUCAUGAAAGCCGUCAGGAAGGUUUCAGACAACAAAAAGCUGGAGAGCAAGCUCGACUAUAAGCCGGUAUAAACUGUUUAACUUAUUCAAUGUGUUUAACUUCUUAAGGUAUCUUUUUUUUUUAAUUUCAACAAAGAAAAUAAUAAUAAAACAACAACAA